CUAAUGUCAUUUACAACCCUCAACAAAUAUAUUCCAGAAAAUGUGUUCAAAAAUAAUCAAGAUUCCAGAAAGCACUCGCAAAAUUACAGAGAAAAGCCAAGUUUCUGGAAAAUCCUCAUUCUCCUUUCCACGGUUAUCAAUUACUUCAUUACAAGUUUCUCCUAUGUGUUUAUGCAAAACCCGAUCAGUGGAAAAGUAUGGUUCGUAAUCAUGGCGCUCGACGUAGUGUACAUUCUCAAUUACAUCGCAACAUUGACAAAUUUCUUCCUACGAUCACCAACAAUCGAAACUCAUCUGCAACUGUCGAAAAGCAAGUUCGUUUUAAUAACUGAUUUCUUCCUAGCUUUCCCUUACUCCUACUUUUACGAAACUGUUAGUUAUAAAUUCUACAAGAACACCAUUUUCCUGAUUUUACGAACGAACGUCCUGCUCAGAUUAUUCUAUCUGGUGUCGUUUUUUAAAAAGCAAUGGAACACGGCUGGAAUGAAUCAAUUAAAGUGUUUCGCCGUGCAGUACACCACCUAUUUCUUAAUACUGGUACACACUUUGGCAUGCUUCUGGUACGUAGAAGCUUUUACAGAAGACGGAUCAAGCAAAUGGUCAGCGAAAGAUUUUCGGAAAAAAUAUCAGCAAACUUUUGAAAAAUACGUAGUCUGUUUUUAUUAUGCGGUAACGAGUGUUACUAACAGACAUUUUGGAGACAUUUUUCCAAGGUAUACAACCCAAAAAAUCAUUUCAGCCGUAUUCGUUUGUGUGGGAUUUAUAUUAACAACGGGAGUCUUCAUUGCCGUACUGUCUUUCCUGGUGGAAGUCACCCACAAAAGGAGGACAAAACUAAAGAUGGAACUCCAAAACAUCGUGAUUUUUUUAAAAUCGCUGCCCACUCAAGUCAGGAGACAAAAUGUUAUCACAAACCACUAUAAAAUGCUCUGGGAGAAAAAACGUGGUGUUCAAAAUUCCUCGUACUUUGAGUGCUUGCCCAAUCCUUUGAAAUACGAGAUCUCUGUUGAUACUAGGAUAGGGCUGCUUCAAACUUCCACACUUUUCCAAGAUAAACCCGACGCGUUCUUAAGAAUGGUUUCGUAUCUAGUGAAACACGAAUUUUACCAACCCGGGGCACUGAUUUACCAUCGGAACUGUACCAAAAACAAAAUGAUUUUUGUAGUAGUAGGUAGCGUCGAUAUUCUAUCCGACGAGGACGAUGAAAGUCCUGUCAUCACAUUCAGACAUGGAACAUGUUUAGGAGAGAGCUCUCUAGUUCUCACCCUUCCUUCAAAAAACUCCAUCCAAGCACGUUCUUACACAGAGUUGCAAGUUCUCUACCGCAAAGAUUUUUUUAAACUAAUAGAACAAUUUCCGCAAGUGAUUUCCGAUAUUCGCAACUUAAUAACACACCGUGUUACGCAAACCCAUGUCGACGAAACUACUCCAGGAGGAAAAAUUUACCUGACACCUUUCUUUCCAGAACGAAACGCAACAGCCACGAAAGAGUUGAAAGAAAACUUUGAAGAAAAUUUUCGACAUGCGAAACAACCAAAUCAGUUUUUAUUUUUGUAUCAGUUGGAAAGAUCCUUCCACUUAAGAGACGCUCUAUGUCUUACACAAAACUUUCCUUGGAUUCUUAAUCCCACUGGUUCUUUUACACAACACUGGGAACUUUUCACUGUUGCUGUGACUCUCUACACGAGUGUCACAUAUCCAUACUAUAUCGUUUUUGUAAAAGACUAUCCCAACUGGUUCACACUGUCUCUAAAUUUUGUCGACUUCUUUUGGAUACUUGAUUUGAUCAUACUUUUGACUACUGCUAUCGAAGAAAGUGACAAAAUGGUCACGACUUUCAUGGAGAUUUCCCAGAAACGUGUAAUGCAGCUUGGGUUUUAUUUAGACUUCGUGAGCUGCGUCAGAAUAGAACUAUUCUACUGGAUUUGGACGAAGAACUCGAGGUUCGGUGAGGUUUUAAGGCUUAAUCGACUGUUGAAAAUAUACAGAAUACCUAAACUCCUACUCAAGAUUGAAAACAAAAUUGAAGUUAACUCGUACGUUUUGUACGUCAUCAAAUACAUCUUCUACAUUAUCAUCUUCGGGUAUUUGUUUGGUGCCUUUCUUUACGUUGUAACUUGUUUUGAAAAGGCAUGUACGGACGACGGUUGGUUUUUCAGAAAAUUGCUCGACAACAUAGGACAAGAAGUUGCAGUCACUUACACUUCUCACGAAGUCCUCACUUCAAUGUAUUUCGCCUUAUCGUGCAUAACCGGGCUUACACCAGGUGAUAUUUUGCCCUCGAACAUCACGGACAUGAUCACCUCCAGCUUUGUCAUGAUUUGUGGAAUAUUUACUUUCGGUUGUUGCGUAUCCCAAUCGUCGGCUUUGCUCACCCGCAAACUGAAAGUCCGCACAGAUUUCCAAGACAUUCUAUACUCAAUCGUGAAGUUCAUGAAGAGGAGAAACAUGGGGAGCGAUAUGAUACGACGAGUUAAAAACUACUUGGUACUCCAGUGGCAUUACGAUAGAGCGUCAAUACUCAAACAACCACUGCUUUUUAAUCUCGACAAAAAUUCCCAGACGAGGAUCCACAUGGACGAAAAAAUGAACACCAUAACAGGUGUGUCUUUGUUUCGGGACCAGAGAUUAGAUUUUCUGUUGUCGCUAGCAAUCAAUGCACAAACUUUGGUUCUACCGCCCAACGAAUUCGUUACUUACAAAGGCGAAGUGUUGAAGAUUUUGUACAUUAUCGAGGAGGGUUACUGCAUUCGACAAUUCGAAAAAAGUUACGUGGUACUAAGACCUAUGUCAUUCUUUGGAACCAUGUGUCUUUUCUCCAAAGUUAACUCUCUCUGUACCGUAAAAACGUUAACUCACGUCAAAAUACUUUGCAUCACUGAAGAAACUUUCUGGAGAUCAGCGUCGAUCUACCCGACUGUGUUUACCCAAUUUAAAAUCGCUUCUAACACUUUCGACAUACUGACAGAGUUUAAGAAAAUCCCCAUCCAUCCGACUUUGGACAACACCGAAAUCGAAAAAAAUUCUUUAGUUCCUCCAGGUUCUUUUAUUAAUGUAAUUUCGUACUGCAAAAGACUCGACGAAAACUACAGCGCACCUUUCCGGGAUUUGGGAAUUCUGUGCUGGAUACAAAUGUUGAUGUUACCCAUAUGUAUUCUUCCCUAUGGUUCGCUGCUGAAAUUGUGGAUGACCAUGCGACUGCUGGUCGCAAUCUUCAUAACAGUUCUCACUCCAUGCCAGAUAAUCCAAGCACCAUAUACAUCUAUGAUUGAUUCUAUUAUUUUUGUAGCAGAUGUGGUUUCGUACGUAGAUCUCUACGUGAUGCUCUUUGUCGGUUAUUACGGAGACAAAAAUCAGUUAAUUACGCAUCCAUUAAAAACGGCAGCGUAUUCUUUGAAAGGUCGUUUUCUGCCGAACUUUGUCCUGUGUUUCCCAUGGGAACUGCUGCUGCCUUAUUUUCUCGAUGACCCAAACGAGAAACCAUUAAGUCAUAAUUUACUCAACAACGCACAUAACUUUGUAAGAAUAAUCAAAAUGGGCCAAAUUUACAGACUGGUACAAUUUUUCAGCUACGUUUCGUCUACAAAAAGAAAGAUCAAUAGUAAUAUCCUGCAAGUACUAAAGUACCUUCCGAUGAUAAUGGUCUUUGUGCACUUCUGGGCUACAAUUUUGGUGGCUAGUAAUUGCAGGUACUACAGUCAAAGCGAUUUAUCUAGGUUUGCUUACAACAUAAAUUUUGUCAAACCUGAUGGCCUGGCACACCAUGUUCAAAAACCCAUGGCUAUGUACUGUAACGAAGAUUCAUGGUUUGACAGAUCAAAAUUUCGCAACUUUACCGAACCAUAUCAGGUGUAUAUUUUAGCGGUUUAUUAUUGCACAGGACUUCUGACUUUGUGUGGACUAGGAGACGUCACCCCUCAGUACCCCAACUCACUAAUAAUAACAAUAGGGGCAAUAAUGUGCGGUUUUUUUUUCAUUGGCUAUAUAUAUGCAAAAAUUUCGAGUCAUAAGGCACACUGGUACAAUUUGUUAUUCAAAAACCAAGAAACGGUGGCUGAGUUACACAAAUUCAUGAUGGAAGAACAAGUACAGGACAAACUUCAACACCAAGUAAUAGAACGCUUCGAAUACAGGUGGAAGCGUUGCAAAGGUGUCGAACCAAACAAAAUUUUGACCAAACUGCAUCCACUCCUUUAUCAAGACAUCGUUUAUUCAAUGUUCGAAAACACUCUAGUCAACGUUCCGAUUUUCGAAAAUGUUGACAAAGUUUUUCUUAGAGUUUUUGGAAGGAUUAUUAAGGAAAGGUACUACUUGAGACAAGAGACGAUCUACAAGACCGACGAUGUUAUUUCCGAUUUAUGCAUAAUCGAAAGAGGAGUCGUGAGAGUAGUUUCAAAAUCUCGAACCAUAGAAGCCCUUAUUGAAAGCGGAGGAAUUUUUGGUAACCUUACUCCGACAGCAAAACAUAAACUAUCCAUCACUGUAACGGCUCUGAGUAACGUGGAUCUUUUAGUCAUGGACUCUCAGACUUUCUACGCCGCUUUAGAAAAAUACCCUUCCAUCAAGGAAAUCGUCGAAAGCAAUUUUACCAAACGAACCGAUUUUAUCAUACCAACAUUUAGAACCGCUGAAGAUAUUGCACUGGAAGAGAAAGCUUACCCGGAAACGAGAAGAAGCGUGCACACUUUUAAAAGCCUUGCAGACCUUCAUUCAAACCUUGAAGGUUUCUUGAUCCUUUGUCUACCUUGGAAACUAUUUCAAAUCGCGAUUCCACAAUAUUCAGUCCUCUUCAAAAUUUUUGAUGUUUACUUCCUCGUGGUAACUUACUUGUGCUCUCUGUUCACCACAUACGAAUUUGCUUUCCAAGAUCACGCGUUCUACCUCUUGUGUUUCGCCUUUUAUGCAGAUACCACUUUCAUCGUAAAAAUAAUUUUAGAAAUGCACAAAACGUACGAAAAUCGAUAUGGAGAGAUGGUGGUAUCCAACAAAAAGAUUGUGUCCCAUUACUUCCACAAGCGCCGUCUGAGAAGAAGUGCAGAUUUUUUUGUCAACUUUCCAUUUUAUUAUUUUGUUUUUAUCUUUGGUGUAUUCGUAGAGUUUGACACGCGCUUAGUUUUCUCGAGCCUAAGACUAGUUGUAGUUUUAAGACUGGCGUAUUUUUUUGAUUACUACAGAGAAAAAUCGGACGCAUUGAUGAGCAACAGAUUUCUGUUAAAGAUAUGUACGACUUUUGUCUGGGGAACACUCACUAUUCACUUUUUUGCGUGCGGUUGGUACUUAUGUGCGUGUCCGUUAGUUUCUUGCUUGGAAAAUUCGUGGGUAAAGCAGUGGUAUGAAAGCACAGACAUUCACGACUUGAAAAACGUAGACAAGUACAUCACUUGUAUUUACUUCGUGACGAUAUUAUUGACUAAAACCGGAACGGGUGAUAUUUUCGCCCUAAACAUACACGAACAGAUAUACAUCUCAAUAACGAUGAUUAGUGCGAUUUUUCUAACCGGAAUUUUUAUUGGAGAAAUAUGGAAUUUUCUUAAUUCGACAACUGUAGGACGUGUUAAAUAUGAUUACAGAAUUAACGAACUGAAACAAUUCGUCAAAAACAACAAAAUAAGCAAAUUUCAGUUGAAAAAGUUAUGGAGGUAUGUAAAGCAGUUGUGGUUUGUUAGCAGUGGACACCAAAUUCCUCACGGAAUUGCGCAUUUACAUUCGGCCACAGUGCGAGAAUUAAUGGCGGACGCCUAUGUGCACCAUCUGAAAAACUCCUACAUCUUUUCUGACGUAGAAGAGCCUUUUCGUAUUCAAGUGUGCCAAUAUUUUAAACGACAGAUUUUUUUUCCCGGUAAUUACAUUGUUCAACAUGGCGAUUUCGACAAUACAAUGUAUUUUAUACAUUCCGGAGAGGUUGAUAUUCUAAGUGUUUACUCCAAUCUGACAGAAAGUAUACACGAAACUUUACAAAGUGGAGAUAUGUUUGGAGCAAUACAAGGUUUAUAUCACAAUGUUGCACAUCAUUUUUCGUUUAGAGCACGCACGACCGUACACGUAUUAGGUUUGCGGCUAAACGAUUGGCAACACUUGUUAGAUUUUUUCCCAGAAAGCAAAGAGUCUAUUUUUACAAAAACCAAUAAAGUUAAUGUGUAG